AUGGCGGCCGGGCGUUUGUUACACCUGCCGGAUCAUCUGCAGCUUUCAAGUGGAAAUGUAUCUCAAAACUGGAAAAGAUUUAAACAAAAGUGGAGUAACUAUGAGCUACAGUCCCAGACAAAAAUAGUUGGGGACACUUUAGCCAAACGCUGUUUUUUCCCUUCUCGUGCUCACCUCGUCCCUCUCAAAGUUGUUUAUCGCGGCUCGUUCACCAAAUCUUGUACACCAACAUUGAGGGGACAAGGAGACCCCAAAGUGUCCCAACCAUUUUGACUGAGACUGUAGCUAUCGGAACAGCCAGAAAGGAAGACCCCAUUCGAGCAGCAACUUUUCUCACCGUGAUCAGCGACGAAGCGCCAGAUGUUUACAAUGCAUUAACGUGGGACAGUGACAAAAACAAAGUCAAAAUGGAUAAAGUUCUAGAGCAUUUUGAGCAGUAUUGUGAGCCUUGCAAGAAUACAAUUUACGAAAGUUAUUUAUUCUUUCCGCGUAGACAGGAAAGUGGGGAGCCCAUUGAUAAAUAUGCCACAGUUCUACGAAACAUGGCAGACUCUUGUGAAUUGCAAGAUUUGAAAGAUUCAUUGAUAUGUGACCGCAUCGUGUUUGGAAUCGCUGAUAACAACGUGAGAGAGCAUUUGCUGCGAGUCCCAGAUUUGACGCUGAAUAAAGCUCUAGAAAUUGCACAAGCUGCUGAAGCAACCCAAAGCCAGUUGAAACAAAUGCAAAACUUGCACGAGGUUAAUGCAGUGGGGAAGAAGAAACGAAAAUUCUUCCGAAAGAAACAAGAAGAGAAGAAGAAAUCAGCAAACGGAAGUACUCAGCAGAUCGACUGCAAGGUUUGUGGUAGGAAACAUGUACCAGACAGAUCAAAGUGCCCUGCAUAUGGCGAACAGUGCAACAAGUGUGGAAAAAGCAACCAUUUUGCUGCCAAGUGUACAGGAGGAAGGCAGUCCAAUCAGAAUUGAAUUAUGUGCAAGAAGAUUCAGAUGGGAGUCAAUUUGAAGAGUAUACUAUUGAUGUAAUAACUUAUCAAGUCAGUGCUGUUGAAGAAAAUAAAUACCCACAACAGUUGUUUACAUCAGUCAAAGUAAACAAUGCUAAAGAUGUUAAAUUUCAGUUGGACUUUGGAGCAACUUGUAAUUUGCUAUCACUAAAAGAAUUCUCAAGCAUUAUGGGGGAUCCCAAAGAUCUCUAUUUGAAGAAAACAUCUGCAAUACUCAAGAUGUACAAUGGAACCACUGUGACUCCACUUGGAAAGUGCACUCUCAAAUGUGCCAAAGGUGAGAUGAGUAGAGAUGCAGAUUUUUUUAUAAUUGAUGAGGAUGUCAGGCCUCUAUUGGGUGCUGAGACAUGUCAGGAACUGAACUUAAUCAAGGUUAUGGCAAGUGACAUUUCAGAGUCAGAAACUGUGAACGCAGUAAAUGACAACGUUCAAACUGCCCACAUUGUUCUAACCAGAGAUCAAAUUUUGAAAGAGUACAGUGACGUUUUUGAGGGAUUAGGAUGCAUGGAUGGCCCAUACCAUAUGGAACUUGAUGAAACUGUAAAAUCUGUUGUCCACCCCCCUAGAAAAGUACCU